GUUCCGAUUGUAAUGCAACAGAGUUACGAUGAUAUCCGACCGCACACGGAAGUAAACAAACAUACCACCGAUUUAGAACAACCAGUCACGACGUUUGCUGUGUAUCACGAUUUCUGAAUUGAUCUAAUUAUGGUUGUGCAUAAACAGGAAUUGUGAGGUAAGAAUUGAAGGAAACACAAUAAAUAUUGCUUGUAUCAAGUGUCGAUCACAAGCAUGAAGUUCAAGACAGUGAAAGAAGGGGAGCAAGCUGUUGUCUACAAUCACCUUGGAGAGGGGACCCUUGUCAUUGGACCACAGAGAAUUUAUCUGUUCCGGAAGCGGCUGCACCGUCUGGAACGCUACACAGCAGAUGCCACCCAGUAUAUAGUGAUGAAAGACAAGGAUGGUGUGGUCAAACACAAACAGGGACCAUGUGAGGUGUUCUUCAACCCCCUGAUUCUGGACUCCAUCAAGACAGAAAGUGCGUUGAAGCUGGACGCUAACCACAUGGUAGUGGUGUACAAGAGACUGAAGGACAGCAAUGUCCAGCGCAGGGUAAUACAGGGGCCGGUAGUGUUUGUUCCCCAGGCGGAAGAGUGGAUGCACAUGUUCAACUGGCAUGGCAGUGACCUAAACAACCAGGGCCGCAUGAUCCCUGCACACUACAAGUUCACCCAGCUCACAGUCAUCCCAGAUCAGUUUUAUUAUAACGUUCGAGAUGUACGGACAAAUGAUGACACUAUGAUCACAGUGAAGCUGAUGUUGUUCUACUCCAUCGUAGAUGUUGUCAAGAUGCUGGACACCACACAUGACCCGAUCGCAGACCUCAUCAAUGCUGUAUGUGCUGAUGUGAUCGCCUUUGUUGGAAAGCUAAGCUAUGGAGCUUUUCUUGAGAAAUCUUGCAUAUUGAAUGACCUUGGAACCUAUUCUCAACUUAUCAGCCGCUCAGAAAGAAUUGGUUUUAACAUUGGAAAGGUGGUGUACAGGGGCUACCAUUCAAGUGAACAGUUACAGGCAAUGCAGAACAAUGCCAUAGAGUCCCGGACACAGAUGAGGCUGGAGGCUGAGGUGGAAGACCAGAAACAGAAACUAUCCCAUUUCAAGCUGUCCAAGGAGCAGGCUAGACUGAACAAUAAACACAGAAUGCAUGAGAUGAAACAGAAGCAUCAGCAAGAGACGCAAGAACUGAAGCAAACCCAUCACUUAGAGUUGGAGCAACUGAAACACUCUCAAACUUUGCAGAUAAACAGCCAGAAGACCCAAGCUGACCUUGAUCACAAGAGUUCAGCAAACGAUCAGAGGCUGCAGUUCUUGACCCAACUACAAUCCCUGGGGGUCAACCUUGACCAGUACCUGGUCAGUCAGCAGAAGCCUCCCAUCAGAGAAGAGAUACAUUUCAUCAAGACGUAGACAUUGACAUUGUAGACGUUGGUGUCAGCGACAUUACAUGGCAUAUCUGGAGAAUGAUAGGGAGGGUGCUGCAUACAUCACACAACUCCCAUGUAUGGAUAGCAUUUGGCACAUGCAUAACAUGGAAUACUGGUAAAGAUAUCGUCACAAAAAUAUUCAUGUAUUAUUGAUAUGUGGUACAUGCUCCUUUUCCUCAUGAAAUGUGCAACGUAUCCUAUACUAAUGGAAAAAAGUAACUGUGCACAGUAAAUUGCAUGAAAUAAAUGCUGUAAAAAUAACCCUAAACAAAGAUGUAGCCAAGCAGUGGCACAUGCACUUUCCAACAUAAUGGGAACAUGAAAGAUUUGCCUCGGACCGGCCGUCCAAACGUGACAUCACAUCAGCAAGACAACCACAUUUGGCUGACCUGUCUAAGAAAUUGAUUCCAGAAUGCCAGUUUGAUUGCUUGGACCAUUCCUGGCUUACGUCCAAUCAUUUCCAGGACUGUACGGAACCGACUGAGGGGGUAGAACAUCCGGCCCGGCGGCCUGCAGUAUGUCCAAUGUUGCUCUGACGUCACCGACAGGCAUGCCCUGCCUGGUGUAGACAACAUCUAUGGUACAGGAGACAAGAUUGGCAUGGUGUGUUGUUCACGGACGAGUCGGAAUUUCAUCUGGAUAGCUCAGAUGGCAGUGCAAGGGUGUACAGACUGCAAGAUGAACGUUAUGGUGAGUGCCUUGCUCAAUGUUGAAACUGGCAGCAGCGUUAUGGUAUGGAGAGACAUCACAGCUCACGGUCUCACACAACUUGUUAUUGUCAAUGGCAAUCUGACAGGUCUGUGAUACAGGGUUGAGAUCAUUCAGCCUCAUGUGCAGCCAUUCAUUCAAGGACAGAGACAUAACUCAUGCUUCAGCAAGAUAAUGCCCGUCCACAUGUCGCUUGUGUUGUGACAGAUUUCCUGAGAAAGCAGAACAUUCCGGUACUCCCCUCGCCAGCUGUUUCUCCAGACCUGUCCCCUAUCGAGUACGCUUGGGAUGAAAUGUAGCGGCGUUUACGUCAAGCCCAGAAUCAGCCACUUACGUUAGCCGAAUUGGGACAAGAGUUGGUUUCAUACAUGGAACAACAUUCCUCAAGCUUUCUUCAAUCGCUUAGUGGUGUCUGCGUCAUCGUUGUCAAGCCUGCAUCAAUGUCAAUGGUGGACACACACGAUACUGAGUUUGUGAACUAACUUUUGAUAUCACAUCUCUUGUGAUGAUGCCUAGUGUUAAAUCAUACAGGUUUCGAUCUUUUCCAGUCAACAGUUAAACAGUGAUUAAUAUAAGGAAAACAC